AUGGGACCAGUUCACGUUUUAUUGAGUCUGCUGGAGGGAGACACACAACAGAGGGAGAGGCACACACUUCGAGGAACUUGCCCCAACAUCAGUCCCGAGCCGCACCACAGAGCCGCCCAACUGACCUGCUGGACAUCUCAUCACACCAAAGCCUCUGGAGCAGAGCAAUGGGCUUUCAUCUAUCGAAGAUUGCGCAAUCACGAACGCAAGGAGAUCCAGAGAGAGAUCCUGUCCAUCCUGGGUCUGCCCCAUCGACCGAGGCCCUUCUCUCCUGGAAAGCAGUCCUCCUCUGCGCCGCUCUUCAUGCUCGACCUGUACAACGCCAUGUCGGUAGAGGAGGAAAGCGCGCAUCAAGGCGCGCUCAAUGGCCCGGGGAGAGGCGUCAGUACCAAGGUGCCCGGCCAGUCCCGGAAGGCUUACUACAGCCCCCAGGCCCACGGGUAUUCCCAUGUGGCACAACCCUACCGCGCUGCCCCUCUGCUGGGCUACAAGGCUGCGAUUACUACGGCAACUGACACACACUUUCUGAACGACGCAGACAUGGUUAUGAGCUUUGUUAAUUUAGUCGAGAAAGAUAAAGACUUCUCUCAUCAAAGAAGACACUACAAAGAGUUUCGGUUUGAUCUGACUCAGAUCCCUGACGGGGAAGCUGUGACAGCAGCGGAGUUUCGCAUCUUUAAGGAUCGCAGUCAUUCUCGAUAUGACAAUAUUACUCUGAAGAUCUCAAUAUAUCAAGUCAUCAAAGAAUAUAAAAAAAAAGAUGCAGACACUUUCCUGCUGGAUUUCAAAAUGGUGCAGGCUUCAGAAGGAGGUUGGCUCGUCUUUGACAUCACAGCCACCAGUAACCACUGGGUGAUGAACCCUCAGCAAAACCUGGGUCUGCAGCUCUGCGUGGAGACUGUGGAUGGCUGUAGCAUCAACACCAAGUCGGCUGGAAUCAUUGGAAGGAAUGGACCCCAAUCCAAACAGCCAUUCCUGGUUGCUUUCUUCAAGGCCAGCGGCGUGUUGCUUCGCUCAGUGAGAGCUACGGGUGGAAAGAAAAAAAACAAUAAUCGCAAUAAAUAUAACAAUCAACAAGAUUCGUCGCGAGCACUAAAGAGUGGAGACAAGAACACGAGUGAACAGAAGCAAGCCUGCAAAAAGCAUGAACUCUAUGUGAGCUUUAGAGAUUUGGGUUGGCAGGACUGGAUCAUUGCACCUGAGGGUUAUGCUGCAUUUUACUGUGACGGUGAAUGUGCAUUUCCUCUUAAUGCACACAUGAAUGCAACCAAUCAUGCCAUCGUUCAAACUUUAGUCCAUUUAAUGUUUCCAAACAAUGUGCCAAAGCCCUGCUGUGCUCCCACCAAACUAAAUGCCAUAUCAGUGCUGUACUUUGAUGACAGCUCCAAUGUGAUUCUAAAAAAGUACAGGAACAUGGUGGUGCGGUCUUGUGGUUGCCAUUAG